GACGAAACCGGAUGAGCUAUGAGAACGCGAUAAAGAGAAGAAAGUGUCCGGUUUCCGUAAUCGAAAUAACGUCAAACUACAAAUCAAGAAGUUUGCCGUUUGGAUAUAGGACGAAAGAAUUUGGUUUGCAUGUGAGGACAAGAGUCUGCUCAGCCAACAAUGGCGAACAAUGCAGAGGAUAUUGAGAACAAUACGCAGGCCAGUGAGGCAACAGAGCCUAGCCAGCAACCAGAGGAUAUUGAGGUGACCAGAGUGUGUUCCAGUGGUGGAGUCAGUGAUGGAGGGGGAGAUGGAGGAGGUGGAGGGUCAGAGCAGAAUGGGCAGCCCCCUACGGCUCGGCCGCCCCGGGUGGUGGAAAGUGAGGAGGACGAGGAUGAGGAGCUGACCCUGAAGUAUGGGGCCAAACACGUCAUUAUGCUGUUCGUCCCCGUCACCCUCUGCAUGGUGGUCGUUGUGGCGACCAUUAAGUCUGUGAGCUUCUACACCCAGAAUGACGGGCAGAGGCUGAUCUACACACCAUUCCGCGAAGACACAGAUACCGUAGCGCAAAGAGCCCUCCAUUCCAUCCUCAAUGCCAUCAUCAUGAUUAGUGUCAUCAUCGUCAUGACCUUGGUGCUAGUUCUGCUCUACAAGUACCGCUGCUACAAGGUGAUCCAAGGCUGGCUGUUCCUCUCCUCCCUCCUGCUGCUGUUUUUCUUCUCUUACAUCUACCUCAAGGAGGUUUUCAAGACCUACAAUGUGGCCAUGGACUAUAUCACCCUGACAGUGAUCAUCUGGAACUUUGGGGUGGUGGGCAUGAUCUGCAUUCACUGGAAGGGGCCCCUGCGGCUCCAGCAGGCCUAUCUCAUCAUGAUCAGCGCCCUGAUGGCCCUGGUUUUUAUCAAGUACUUGCCAGAGUGGACCGCCUGGCUCAUACUAGCUGUCAUAUCAGUCUAUGACCUGCUGGCGGUGCUGUGUCCCAAAGGGCCUCUGAGGAUACUGGUGGAGACGGCACAGGAAAGGAACGAGCCCAUCUUCCCAGCCCUCAUCUACUCCUCGACCAUGGUAUGGCUAGUAAACAUGGCCGACACCGACGGGCCCAAGAGCAACUCAACAGAAACUGAACCAGCAGCAGCAACAGCAUCUCAACCAGAGAGUCAAGUUGUAGCAGUAGCCCCGCCCCCUUCCAGUCCAUCGCAGGAUGAUGGGGGCUUUACCCCAUCAUGGGUUGGCCAGCAACAGCACCAGCUUGGGCCCCUCCAGUCGACUACCGAGACGAGACGGGAGAUUCAGCAUAUGCCCACCACUCGGCCCCCUGCGGAGGACGAUGACGAGGAGAGGGGCGUCAAGCUUGGCCUCGGGGACUUCAUCUUCUACAGCAUGCUGGUAGGGAAGGCGUCUGCCACGGCCAGCGGGGACUGGAACACCACACUGGCCUGUUUUGUGGCCAUCCUCAUCGGCCUGUGUCUGACCCUUCUCCUCCUCGCCAUCUUCAAGAAGGCACUUCCCGCCUUGCCCAUCUCCAUCUUCUUUGGCUUGGUCUUCUACUUUGCCACGGACAACCUGGUGCGCCCCUUUAUGGACCAGCUAGCAUUACACCAAUUCUACAUUUAGCAGGACCCUAAACUGCCACAUCCCCUGCCUUCAUUCGCUUACCCUUGCUCAUGCGGCUCUCCAUUUGACAGCACAAGAGCUGCCCCCUAUACCAGCAGGGGGGAUGAAGGGUAAGGUAGGGGCCCAUUCCCCAUCAUCACCUCUCCUACGAACUCAUGACUGAACACAAGCUGUUGUCUUUUUCUCUCUUUCGUUUGUUUUCUGACCUUCUCUGGUCUCUUUGGGUGGGUACAUCCCACAACAGCUGUUAAUUCUGAACGAAUGGGUUUUUUUCUUUUGUGAGUUUGAUUUUAUUUAUGUUUUCUUCUUUGGCGGGGCGGGGGCUGGGGUGAAGGGACUCACCCGACUAGAGACCUAAGGUUCAAAUGGUUCUUUCUUGGGCACAGUCCAAACUAAGAGGAGAGAUCAUUAAAACCAAGACCAAAGGGGUCUAUUUUUGUUUUUGUUUUUUUACCUUUUGUUUAUCCAGGGAAGGUUGACUGAGCAUGCUUGUUCUUUUCCACCAACGACACCCAUCCUCCACUUCCACUCUCGCAUACAUUCACACCUGGGAGCAGCUUAAGACAACAGCAGCUUGUCAGCCAUUUAGUGGCUCCUCUGGAGCAUUCGGGGGGUCAAGUGCCUUGCUCAAGGGCACACUGAGAGUAGAUUCUGAAGAAACGAGAAAUUUCUCAUCCACUUUCCCCCCACCUUGUUCUGGAUUUAAAGCAUUAACCUUCUGACCACAAGCUUGUGUUUUGUUUGUUCUUACCUUUGACCUAACCUCUGGGCCGCCACACGAAGGCUGCUGUAUCAAACCCCUGGUUUUUUCUAUGCUGAUGAUACUGGAAUGAUACAUGUAUAGUUUUCCCAGUUUGACUGUGUAUAACUAGCUGGUUUUCAAAGCGUGUUUUCUUCACCACUGUUUAGUGCUCUGAGUCUUUGACUUUCUGAAUGGAGGUUCCCGUUCUUAAAAAAAAAAAGAAAAAAAAAAGAAAAGAAAAAUAAACCUGUCCGCUCACAAUGGUUUUCACUGAACAGAAUGUUUUUAAAUCUGUGGGUCUCCCCAAAGUGGAAGUGUAGUUAAUGGCAUUUUCUGUGGAAAUAUACAAUAUGAUUUCGGGUCUAUCACGUAGGCUUGGGCGAUAGGACGAAUAUAUCGGCAUUUGGCUGAGUCCAGUCAGCAGCUGUUUUUUUGGGGGGGGGGGGCGAUUAUUUUCCUUU